CUCCGGUACCUCAGCAUCUCACGCCGGGUCUUCUCGCCUCCGCUCGGCCGCCGGCCCCGCGGCCGCCCGCCGCCAGCCCUCCGCCCUCCGCCCUCCGGCCGCGCCGCCGCCAUGGCUCCGCGUCCGCCGCGCCGCCGCGCCGUGGGCCGCUAAGGCGCGGGCAGGAUGGGCGAGGGCGGAGCAGGGCCCGAGCGCCAGCCCGAGCAGCCCGGGUGCCCCGCGCGCGCCCGCCCGCGCCGCCGCGGGGAUGCCCGCGCCCGCCGCCGCGCCCUGAGCGCCUUUGUCUGCCGCCCGCGCCCGCCGCACGCCUAGCUCGGCCCGGCCGGAGCAUGGAGCCGGGCCGGCCGGCCUCCCCGCCGGGCCGCGGCGAGCCGGCGCGCGGGGCCGCGGAGCCGGGGGACCGCGCGCCCUGCGUGCUCUCCCGGCGCAGCCCGUGCCCCGCGCUCGCGCGCGCGGUGGGCGAGCGGCCGCUGGCGCGACCCGGCCCGUCCGCCGACCCCAGCCCCGCGCCGCUGCCGCCCGGCGAACCCGCCGCCGGCCCGGAGGACGACGCGCGCCUCCGCGCGGUGUUUGACGCCCUGGACGGGGACGGGGACGGCUUCGUCCGCAUCGAGGAUUUCGUCCAGUUCGCCACAGUCUACGGAGCAGAGCAGUCUGGGAGACGGCGCUCACUGAAGGAUUCAAACACACUGGCUUCUGUACCUUCGGUGAAGGACUUAACUCAGUACUUGGAUCCCAGUGGGCUCGGCGUGAUCAGUUUUGAAGACUUCUACCAGGGGAUCACAGCUAUCAAAAAUGGAGAACCCGAUGGCCACCUGCCCAGCAUGGCGCCUGCCCAGGAUGAGGAGCCCCCUGCCUGUGCUGAUGACUUCGAUGACUUCGUCACCUACGAGGCCAACGAGGUGACGGACAGCGCGUACAUGGGCUCAGAGAGUACCUACAGCGAGUGUGAGACCUUUACCGAUGAGGACACCAGCACCCUGGUGCACCCUGAGCUGCAGCCCGAGGGGGAUGCCGACAGUGCUGGCGGCUCCGCUGUGCCCUCUGAGUGCCUGGACGCCAUGGAGGAGCCUGACCAUGGUGCUCUGCUGCUCCUCCCAGGCAGGCCUCGCCCCCGCAACCAGGCCGUUGUCAUGGUGAUGGGCAGCGAGGAGCAUUUCGAGGACUACGGUGAGGGCAGCGAGGCGGAGCUGUCCCCAGAGACCCUCUGCAGCGGGGAACUGGGCUGCAGUGACCCCACUUUCCUCACCCCCAGCUCCGACCCGCUUGCCUCAAAGCUGCACAGCAUCCUCACUGACGAGGCUUUUGAGUUUUACUGUAGCCAGUGCCACAAACAAAUCAACCGUCUUGAGGACCUUUCUGCCCGCCUGAAUGAUCUUGAGAUGAAUAGCCCAGCCAAGCAGCUGUCCAGCAGGAAGGUGGCAAGGUACCUGCACCAGUCAGGGGCCCUGACCAUGGAGGCCCUGGAGGACCCUCCCCCAGAACCUGUGGAGGGUCCAGAGGAGGACAUUGCUGACAAGGUUGUAUUCCUGGAGAGGCGGGUGUCAGAGCUGGAAAAGGACAGUGCUGCAGCCGGAGAGCAGCACGGCCGGCUGCGGCAGGAGAACCUGCAUCUGGUGCAUAGAGCCAAUGCCCUGGAGGAGCAGUUGAAGGAGCAGGAGCUAAGAGCCCAGGAGAUGGUCCUGGAAGAGGCCCGGAAGCAGAAGGAGCUCCUGUGCAGGAUGGAGCGGGAGAAGAGCAUUGAGAUUGAGAACCUACAGGCCAGGCUGCAGCAGCUGGAUGAGGAGAAUGGCGAGUUGCGGUCCUGCACACCUUGCCUGAAGGCCAACAUUGAGCGCCUAGAAGAGGAGAAGCAGAAGUUGCUGGAUGAGAUUGAAGGGUUGACACUUCGGCUCAGUGAAGAGCAGGAGAGCAAGAGGAAGAUGGGGGACAGGCUGAGCCAUGAGCGGCACCAGUUUCAGAGAGACAAGGAAGCGACCCAGGAGCUGAUAGAGGACCUGCGCAAGCAGCUGGAGCACCUGCAGCUCCUGAGGCUGGAGGCUGAGCAGAGACGGGGCCGCAGCAGCAGCCUGGGCCUGCAAGAGUACAACAGCCGCACCAGGGAGAGCGAGCUGGAGCAGGAGGUCCGCAGGCUCAAGCAGGACAACCGCAACCUGAAGGAGCAGAACGAGGAGCUCAAUGGGCAGAUCAUCACCCUCAGCAUUCAGGGCGCCCGGAGCCUCUUCUCCACAGCCUUCUCUGAGUCCCUUGCUGCGGAGAUCAGCUCCGUGUCCCGAGACGAGCUCAUGGAGGCUGUCCAGAGGCAAGAGGAGAUCAACCUCCGCCUGCAGGACUACAUCGACAGGAUCAUCGUGGCCAUCAUGGAAACCAACCCAUCCAUCCUGGAGGUCAAGUAGUGCCUCCAAACCCAGCCUGGCUGCUCAAGCCUCCACCAGCACCCAGAGCAGCCCCUCACACCUUAAGGAGUCAUGCCCAGGCAGUGAGGCUGCAGGGGGUGUAGCGCAGUGGGAAGGGAGAGAGAAGGGGAGCCCCCAGACCCGCAGUCCUCAGUGGGCAGGGAGGGGACAGGGCCUCUCAGCCUCUGCAGGGUCAGGGGCAGCAUCUCAGGCUGGGGAAGUCCUUCUGACUCCCUCAUGACAGACCCUUCUUCCCACCAGGGCUGUGACAGCCCACCCAAGCAUGGUUGUUCUAGGUAGACCCCUUUGCAUGGGACAUGGUGUGGGAAGGACAGGUGGGUGAGGGCAGCAUGUGCAGGGGCUGGCUGUGAGCUGCAGGCCUCUAGUGCUGCCCUCCCCAGCUGCUCAGGCCAUCACCCAGCCAAAUGCCUCCUCGGUCCAGCUUUAGGUCCAAGGGCCUCCAAGCUGUGCAGCCAUCCCAUGGCCUGACCCUUGCUGCAGUAGCCCUCAGGGACUCUUUGACUCUCGUGCCAGGACUAGGGCAGGAGCCCAUCGAGACCCUUUGCUCUGAAGUCAGGACUUGGAAUCCUGACUCUGGAACUCAUUCUGUGGAUGGUGGACACUGCUGGCCUGACUCCCAGGUGCAGGGGCCGCUUCUCUGUGGUUGUGGCCUGCCUUGACCUCCUGGAGCAGUCCUCCCUAGGCAGACGGCCUUCACCCUGGGUGAAAUCACAUUUCCUGGGCUGGGGUCCAGGAUCUGGAACCAUGUUCUUUCUUGGCUCUGACUUAAAAUCGCUGUUCUUCCUGAGGGUGCAGGAGGGCGGGGAGGCAGGCUCUCCAAGGACAUGAGCAGCGGCUCCCCCCAGGCUGCUGGCCCCCAGCCUGUGGGAGUGCCUGUGUGCCUUGUGCACCUGCAGCCCUGUGCCUCCAGGUGACCCUCCACACCAGAGCUUGUGUGGCCUCGUGUUGUACAGUUGGGGAAAGCCUCGGGUGUAAAUCAAUGUAAACUUGGAGGAGAGAUUUUUCUAUCAUGUAGAGUAGGUAUUUUUUAUAGAUUGAAGGUUGAUCAAUUUUUUAAUACUUUACAGAGAGAAAACUGUAUACACUAUAUAUAUAUAUAUAUACAUAUAUAUACAUAUGUAUAAUAUAUAAGUACUGGAGCCCUGCCUCUCUGUGCCCAGGUCCCAGCCCUGUGACAUGGCUGAGGCCUGUCCUGCCCACCGCCAGCAGUGCUGGGGCUGCAGACGCACUUCCAGGAGACACACCAACCAACGUGCACGCUGCUUCUGCUACCCAGAGAAAUGGCUCUUCCUGCCAGGAUGCAGGAGGGUGGGAGACCAGCAGGGUCUUGCCCAAUGUGUCAAGCCACCACAGAUUAAAGCUGUUACCACACACACACAGGCUCCGUCCUCCAGCAGGUGGUGGGCUGGGGUGUCCUGGUCCAGGCCCUGACUCCGCCCAGGUGUCUGAGUACAUUGGUCUGAGCUCAGACCUGACAAAAUCUUGUGGUUGGCCAAGCCCUUCCCUGAGGCCCCAGGACUGCAUGGCCUCCAGGCUGAGCCACCCACAAGACUCAACCACUGUGGGUAGGGUCUGGAUCCUUAUGAAGUCACACAGUUCUGCUGAGGGGCCUUCCUCAGGGGAAGUUGUUAGGUAUGACACCCCAGGCUGUUUUCUCCAGCAGCUGUCCAGGUGGGAUUUGGCCUGAGUGUAGCCCAACAUGCCCCGAGGCCCGAGGCCACACUAGACCUCCUCAACCCCAGGCUGCAAAGGCCCCAGCAUACUCCUUACUCAUCCCAAAGAAAGGAUUUGGAGGACUCAGAGGGGGUUUGGACAUUUUUAUUACUCAUGUGCCUACAAAUGGAACUGUCUGCAUAUGUUGGUUUCUUCAGAUUCUUUAUGUACAGGUGACUGUCUUCACAACCAUCUUUCUGCUUCAGUCCCUACCUAAAGACUGGGGACGAGGGAAGGGGGCCCAUUUCCCUUCUUGCCCU